AUGGCUGUGAAUGAUAAUGGUAUCCUUGAUACUGGGGCAGAGUGCAUAUUCAUACCUAUGCAUAGGUAUACUCUUCCUAACCUUAUAAAAGAUCUUGAGACUCGAUCAAGCAAUAUCGGAGACUCGGCCUCGACCUCCACGGGCUUAGACUUCAACAGCGGACAGUCUCACUUCCAGUGCUUGAGAGAUUGGUCUUUCGUUUUGGCAUCCUUAUCUUGUUUUUGGCCGGGAGCCAUCGUUCUUGUCAACAGCAGCAAGUGUAGCAGAGGUCUCCCGCUCCAUAGAGGAUCAAGCGCAGCUCCCAAAAGAUCGUUCACAGUUCUCAACUUGCGGGAGGAUCGGAGCUUGGGGAGAUCUUGUUCACGAGUCACUUCGCUCUUUCUGAAGUUCACGCUGUGA